AUGGCGAGAUUUGUGUUUCUUACGAAGUUGAAUCCUUCAACCAUGCAAUGGACGAUUUGUGUCAAGGUGUUUCGUUCGUGGCAAGUGAAAAAUUGUUUGGAUGAUGUUUCGAGAGAACUAAUCUUGGUUGACGAAGAGGGGUCAUUUGGACAUGCUACGAUUCCGGCAUCACUCUAUGGUCUUCCAAAUUUUGUAAUGUCAGAGAAUCAAAGUUAUGUUAUUGAGGGGUUCGAAGUGAAAGAAGAUAAAGAGCAGAUCCAGAAAACUAAUCUCGGUUAUCGGAUAUUUUUCACUGACAAGACUGUAAUAAAUCUUGCAAGCGAUCCUAUAAUUUGCAAACCUUUCAAUAACGUUGGUUUUAAACGUAUUUAUGAUAAUGACUUUCAUGGACGUUGGCCUUACGAUAUCAUCAUAAGAGUAUUGCGGGUUGGAAAUCUCUUUGAGGAAGUUCCUCCCGACAAAGAAUGGAAUGAGUUGUUCGUUGAUUUGGAAAAUAUCGAGGAUGAUCGAUUGUCAUGCCGAUUACCAAAACCUUAUGCGAACGAUUUCUUUAAUGAGUGGAUACAUUGUGUUGGUGAUAUCAUAUGUGUCAUACGCUUUGCAAGAAUUGAGAGAAAUCAAGAUUCAAUCAUGGUGACCACGGUGCAUAUUUGUACGAGAGUGAUGAUAAAUCCACCAUGUCCGCAGGUCACACAGUUGAGGGAUGCCUUUGAUGAUUUGGAAUCCUGA